CUGUCUGUCACGCACUCCAGGAAGACCCCCUCUGCUUCUCCUUCUUCUCCAUCGGUCAGUCUGGAGAUGCAGGUCUUAUUCAUCUAGAUAUUUACAGUCAGUGCGGGUAUUUGUCUGAUCACAUCCACCGGAGCGAUGCUGUCCUUCAUGCUGGGCCUGUCUGCGAUCAUAGCAGUUUCAUCGGCUGACUUUACUGUACUUAAGUCGCCGCAGAGCCAGAUAUUUCAAAAGGGUGAUUGGCCACUUCCAGGAGAACGCAUUCCAGAUGUGAUUGCUUUGUCAAUGGGGUUUUCUGUUGAGGAGGAUCUCUCUUGGCCUGGUUUAGGAGUUGGCAACCUUUUUCAGCGUCCACGUGCCACAGUCCUGGUGACAGUAACUGGUGUGGAUAAAUUGCCACUAACCGGAAGUGGAAUGUCUUAUCCUGUAGAAAAUGCUGUGCCUUACAGUGUUGACAGCGUUGUGAAUUCCAUCCAUUUGCUGUUCUCUGAAGAAAUGCCUGUUGUCCUACAACUUGCUCCCAUAGAGGAAAGAGUAUACAUGGUUGGUAAGGCCAAUACCGUAUUUGAGGAUCUUUCAGUGACUUUAAGACAGCUAAGGAGCCGCUUGGAACAGGACAACUCCAUUCUCUCAUCCCUACCACUCAGUUCUUUGUACAAAAAUGAUGAGACUGAUAGGUUGUUUCUUUCUGAACUGCAAGUACUACAAGAUAUCCCUGCUUUGCUGUCUCGGCACAAGCAUCUAGCCAAGGAUAAUGCCCCUGAUAUUUAUUCUCUGGAACUGACUGGCCUGGAGGAGAUCAAAAAACGUUAUGGAGAAGAUUCCGUGAAGUUUAAAGAUGCAGCUCAGAUCCUUUCUGACGUCCUGCAGAAGUUUGCAGAUGACAUGUACAGUAUUUAUGGCGGUAAUGCGAUUGUUGACAUUGUGACUGUCGAAUCAUUUGAGACACCCCUUGUCAGGAAAAGCCGCUCUAUUUUGGCAUCUGAAGCAAUUAGCAACCCUGGCAGUCCCUAUAACCUCGCCUACGAAUACAACUUUAACUACGCAGUUGUUUUCAACAUUAUCCUGUGGAUGAUGAUUGGACUUGCCUUAGCUGUCAUCGCUAUCUCCUACAACCUUUGGAAUAUGGAUCCUGGCUACGAUAGCAUCAUUUACAGGAUGACCAACCAGAAGAUCCGAAUGGACUAACUUUCACGUUUCCAUGUAUAUUUAAUGAAAUAAUUGAAUUUCCAAAUGAAUUCUUUGUUUUAAAUGAGGUGUCCUUGACUGUACACUUGCCAUUUUUCUUUGAAUUGUGCUAGUUAACUGUUCUACCUGAAUGCUCUGCUCAUGCCAGAAAUCAGUAAUCACCCAGUGGUUAUGGAUAUUUACAUGUAGUUCCAAAAGCCUCAUUUCAAGCUGGUGAAUAGGCUUUAUAGACCUGUAUAGGGGAUUACCUUUUAGUAGGGUGUUACUAGUUACCAUUUCUCUCGACACUGGAGCAACUGAAAAUGCAUUAUACAAUAUUUAUUCAGAAAUAGGGAGCAGAUCAUCACAAACUUUUUUUCCUUUGUACUAUGCUUUGUGUGGUAAAUUGCACUGUUUCCAAAAAAAAAACCCCUUGUAAGACUUGUAAUUAAAAAAAAAAAAAAAAAAAGGGUAAGGUAAAACUAUUUAAAAAAAAAAGUUUUGAUUAAGUUACCUUUAUUUUUCUGUAAAGCCUAUCCAUCAGCAUCAUUAUUCCUUCUUGAAUGUCGUAAUGGCAAUCCAGCUUUAGUUAAAUGCAUAGAUGUCGCACAACAAGACCAUGUAUUGUGUAUUGAUGCCUCUUUUUUCAGGACAUAAAAUAAAUUUUUGAAAAUCUUCACUAGGAUGUCAGAAUUGAAGUAUAUAUUUAUUGUGCGUGCCGGAUGUGAACAUGACAGAAUUUCAAUUAAUUUUCCAGUUCUGAUGGUAUUCUGUGCUAUUCUUUGCAGACUCUACCAGACCGUGUUGUUCGUUAUACAUGGCUGUAAAUGUUUUAGUUUGUAACUAUUAAAAUGGAAUGGAAAAUUUAUGGUGUAUUUAUAUAUUGCUAAACUUAACCAAUAUUAAUUUGCCCAGUAGAUUAGUAUUGUUAAUCCAUUGGUACCAAUGUAAUGUGUAUACACUCCUCUUGUAUGUUUUACCCUUUAAAGAGCCUACAAUCACCAUGUCAAGGAGACAGAUAUGCAAAGCUGUACCAUAUUCUAGUAAAUGAUUUGCCUACCAAA